AUGGCAUCGCAGACCAUCAAGUUCAUGAUCGAGGGCAACUGCGGAUACGGAGGGAUCCCCAUCACCAACGUCUCCUCUAUGAUCCUUGCCAAGGUCAUCCAGUACUGCGAGAAGAACGUCAACGUCCACGCCAUGUCUUCCGAUGACGUCACCAAGCCCGCCAUCGAAGAACUCAUUCGUUGGGAUGAAGAAUUCGUUAAGGUCGAAGAGUCCACCCUAUUACAUCUUGUCUUGAUGCAUGAAAUGAUUGAUUUUGUUUCUAUGAUUGAUCAACUACUUCUAAUGUAUUCAUAUGUAGAACAACAUUUACCUUAUUCUGCUAAUCAUAAUUGGCACUGUUAA